CUAUUUAUACCCCUUAGCCCCCUCCUUGGUGGGCUGCUGUUCCAUGCUCUAUUUUGUUCAUUGCUGGUCGUGCAAAUAAGCUUGGUAGCCAUAGUUGAGCUCUCCCCAACCUCUUUUUGUGAGAUUGUGUGAUUAGUGUAUAUCCUUGAGUUGGGUUGAGAGAGUGAUUGCUUGAGAGCACUAGAGAGCACAACAAACCUUGAGCACUUGAGAUUAGCAGUGAUUUGUGUGAUUCGCAUUUGUUACUCUUGGAGGUAAAGCCUCCUAGACGGCUGGGCGUCGCCGUUAGCUCCCAAGGAUUGUGGUGAGUAGCGGCAAGUUUGUUGCAGCACCGAUCUUGUGCCACGAGGGCACAUGGUCAUAUAGUGGAAGGAGAAAAUAGCUUGACCUUGGGGUCAAUAUAAGCUUCCUCAACGGAGACUAGGAUUCACACGUGGGUGCACGGGGUGAAUCUGAACUUCGGUAAAACAAAUCCUUGUGUUCAUUGCAUUCACAUUUAUUUGAGGAUUUGAGGAGCUCUCCAUUAGACACUUGUGUCUUGGAAAUAUUGUUGUUUCGUAUGUGCAGGAUCUGCGUGGAUCUACUCAAGGAACUUCUCUGAGUAGACUCUACAAUUGGGGUUUGAAUUUACAUUCAUUUAUUAGCACUACUCUUAUUGUGUUCACUCUGUUCUGAGUGAACUCGGAAGUUCCGGAUUGACAAACCCGGAAGUUCCAAGUUCACCUACUGUCUAGUCCAAAUCCGGAAGUUCCGGAUUUGAAACCCGAAAGUUCCGGGUUUGGAAGACAGUGAAUUUUAUCCGCUGCGUUUGAGUGAAAACUUGUAGGUGCGCCUAUUCACCCCCCCUCUAGGCGAUAUCACGGUCCUUUCACUUGCACAGUUUGUGGCUGAAACCGGGCUCACAAAAGCUCAGUUGGAAGGGAAAGACAAUGUCCCCGUUCAUGAAGGAGUAGGCAGAAAACCAUUUGUACUGGGACAACCUCUUAUGUGCCAGAGUUGAUUGACACGCUACCAACGAGAAUGCGUGAGUUGCAUAACUGGUACAUAAAAUAUUCUUUAGAGGGAAAUGUUAUGUUCGCUGCUCGCAUUAAAGAUAGCCAUUUCCAUCGGGGGAUGGACGAUGUAUGGAUUGAACUUGAAAAUCUGUGGGAUCUAUAGCAUGAAGAUGCUCUAGACAAGUCCCUCCUCAGUACAUUUUGCAUGUAAGUGUUUUCUCUCUCAUUUCUAUACUCUCUAGCUAUACUAAGUAUGUGGUUUCUCAUCCCGUCCUCGUAUUUCUAAUCAUGUAGGAUGAAGGUGCAAGAAUGCCGAAAAAAGGGGAUCUACAACAUCGGCUUCAUUGAUCCACAUGUCGUAAAAGAAGAGUCGGUACGCAAAUGGCCAAAUCGCACCAAGAAUAUUAUAUUCACGGCCAUGGAUAGGCAGCACGCUUGCACAUUCAUUCUAUUGCCGUACAACUUUGACUUCCACUGGAUCUUAAUCUCUAUCGAGAUUGAUCGGUCCCGAGUUGUGGUGUUCGACUCCUUGCGGAGACCAAAAGAAGACUAUCAAUCUCUCAUAGACAUCCUUCAAAGCGCAUGGGCUCGGUUUAUCCAUAAUCACAUAGGGGUUGCGACACCGCCUUCUGAUCUUUAUAUCAAAACUGACUUUCCGUGUUUCAGACAGAAGCAAGAAACCAACCUAUGUAGUUACUAUGUAUGUGAGCACAUACAGGAUUUUUGCUCCUCCACCAAGAGGAUGACACAACAACAAUUCGAUAUUUGGUGUAUGAAGGAGGACCUCAUCAAACCGGAAAGAAUCAGGGCAAUUCAAGAAUCACUCUGUGGAUUCCUGCUAGAUGAGGUCAUAAAUCGAAAAGGAGAAUUUUAUUCGGAUCAAAGGAUAAGCGUGGGUCGACUUGAUAGAAACAACCGCGGGGGCGACAACAACGACGACGACUACUAGUAUUAUUUUCCUUUUUGGAUACUUGUCGGAAAAAACAAA